AUGAGUACCGCCUCAUCCCUUGGUGGUACAGGCUCUAGCCUGGCUCGAGCAGUGAUCAUUGUUUCUGGCGUGUCCGCGCUGGUGGCGUCCCUGCUCUCGUUACUGUCCAUAUGGCUUCAAACAAAAAACUAUCGAAAACCCCUGCUCCAGCGAUAUGUCGUCCGCAUACUGUUGAUGGUCCCCAUAUAUGCGAUCUCCUCUUGGUCCAGCAUCAUCUCGCUGAGAGCAGCGAUGUGGCUGGACCCCAUCCGUGAUGUCUACGAGGCGUUUACGAUCUAUACCUUCUUCCAACUACUUAUUAACUUCCUGGGAGGCGAGCGGGCAUUGAUUAUCAUGACCCAUGGCCGUCCUCCCGUCCAGCAUGCCUGGCCGUUGAACCACGUCUGCCCCAAGGUGGACAUCUCCGACCCGCAGACCUUCUUGGCGGUCAAGCGGGGGAUCCUGCAGUAUGCCUGGCUCAAGCCGAUCCUGGCCAUUGUCUCCAUCGUCAUGAAAGCGACCGACACCUAUCAGGAGGGCUACUUGGGGUUGACCUCCGGGUACCUCUGGACCGGCAUUGUGUACAAUGUUAGCGUCACCGUCAGUCUGUACUCGCUGGCCAUGUUCUGGGUCUGUCUGCACAACGACCUGGCGCCGUUCCGCCCGGUGCCAAAGUUCCUGUGUGUCAAACUCAUUAUCUUUGCCUCCUAUUGGCAAGGUUUCUUCCUGUCCAUCCUGCAGUGGCUGGGCGCGCUGUCCAACGGCGUCGCGGGGUACACGCCCGACAACCUCGCCGCGGCCAUCCAGGACACGCUGAUCUGCUUUGAGAUGCCGUUCUUUGCCAUGACCCACUGGUAUGCCUUCUCCUGGCAUGACUAUGCCGACUCCACCAUCUCCGCGGCUCGACUGCCCGUCAAGUACGCGCUUCGCGACUCCUUCGGGAUCAGAGACCUGAUCGAAGACACGAAGAUGACCCUACGGGGCGAGAACUACGAGUACAGGCUCUUUGAUUCGGGCGACCACAUCAUCCCCCAUGCGGAAUCCAACUCCCGGGUCCGGCGAGUGAUGCACGGGAUGCGGUAUGAGCGGGGCGGGAAGGCCAAGUACUGGAUUCCGAAGCCCGGCGAGGUCAACACUCGGACUCCGUUGCUCUCGUCGUACGAAGGGGCUAGUCGCGACCGACGAAGCAGCACGCUGAGUCGCUUUCGUUCGAACAGUGACAUCCAGGAAACCUCCUUGGAUGAGGACGACGAACGACUUUUCACCAAUGCCCGCGCGCUGGAGUUUGGUGAUUGGAAUUAUCCGGUGAUCACGGCGAACGAGGUGCCCGUAGAUCAACGGCAUGUGCACCGCCGAAGCGCCCCGCCCCAGCAAACAGCAGGAACGGUGAAGCGAUCCCGGAAGCACCGCAAGUCGCGCACACCCAGUGGAGACACCUCUCGCGGCGAAGGGGAAGGGGAAGGUAACCCGCGUAGCCCCCGCAAGGAGCCCUCCAACGGCCGUGGGGUCGUCCGCCAGGAGACCAGCUCCUCUACCUCGCACCAGUCGCAUCGUAGCCAGCUGGUGGACCUUGUAGUCGAAGACCGACAGGCAGAGGAAGCCGAGAGAGAACACACUCAGAAGGCGUUCGGCUCGACCGAGCUUGAGCCCGAGCAGAGGCAUUUCCAGUAUGUGCAGCGUGAUCCCGCGAGGCCAUGGGCCCGGAGUAACCUUUUCUGCAGGAGACCAUCAGGCGAACCGGUCGACGAGCGACCCAGCUAUCUCGAAGAGAGCCGGGAAAAGAGGGAGCAAACAGAACCUGCCACUCCGCCCGAUCAGGACCAGGACCAGGAUCAGGAUCACGGGGAGGACGACACCGGCGCGCGGCGUCAUUGGACAUAUGGAGAUUUAGAAGAGAACGUGUGGGACCGUUAG